AUGUACGCCAUCGAAGAACGAGCACAUCCCGCACCACCCGCUCCUCCUCCCCUCUCCAUGGAUCGAAUCCCGCCUCCCUCGUCCGUGUAUACCACUCCGGGUUCCGCUGGCCCAGUGCCUGGCAGCGGUAUUCCGACUGGUAGCCUGGAUCCAUUGUCGACAAUCCAUGAUGGCCGUAUCUGGUCCCUCCAGGUUGUGCAGCAGCCUAUUCGUGCACGGAUGUGCGGGUUUGGCGAUAAGGACCGGAGACCUAUUACUCCCCCUCCUUGUAUUCGCCUCAUUGUGCGAGAUGCGCAGACGGAAAAAGAAAUCGACAUCAAUGAGAUUGACACAUCCUUUUACGUUCUCAUGGUAGAUUUAUGGAACUCGGAAGGGACGCACGAGGUGAACCUUGUUAAACACUCGGCCACAUCUCCGUCGAUAUCGACAGCGAUGUCUUCAUCCUACCCUCCGCCUCCAAACCCCACCUCUCCCCCGUUCCCGCAAUCCUACGCACAGGGUCCCUACGGCCAACCCGUCGGAUACCCUCAAAUGAACAACUACUAUGGUGGGAACCCGCAGAUGCAAUACCCGAACCCCUAUGGCAACCCGCAGGCACACUACUAUCCGCCGUACUACGCUGGUAGCGGCAUGCCUCCAACGAACAUGUCCCCAGCGCAACCAGUAGCUUCCGGUCCCGGCGGCAUGUUCACUCGCAACCUCAUCGGCAGUCUCAGCGCCAGCGCCUUCCGCCUUACGGACCCCGACAAUAAGAUUGGCGUGUGGUUUAUCUUGCAGGAUUUGAGUGUGCGUACAGAAGGAGUAUUCCGUCUUAAAAUGAGCUUUGUGAAUGUAGGAUCUUCCUCUAGCAAUGACGCUUCCAAUGGUCUGUCGGUGAUCAACCAUGGAUCUGCUCCGGUUCUUGCUUCUGUCUUCUCUGAACCAUUCCAGGUCUUCUCCGCUAAGAAAUUUCCUGGUGUGAUUGAAAGCACAGCCCUUAGUAAAUGCUUUGCGCUGCAAGGGAUUAAGAUCCCUAUCCGCAAGGACGGGGUUAAGGGCUCUCGUGGACGCCACAGUGACGAAGACGACGGUCUGGAUAACGACUUUUGA